UAAAUACAUACUAAUUUAUAGGUUAACACACUUAACCUAAAAAUAUUUCCAUUACAAUUUAAAUCAAUAUUGAUUAAUAAACAUGGUUAAAGAAUCACCCAAUAUUAACAAAACGACCAAAAAUAUGAUGCUAAUGGAAAUAUUUGCAUUACACGAUUAAUAUUGCUUAAUAAACAUGGUUAAAGAAUCACCCAACAUUAAAAAGCGACGAAAAACAGCGACCGCCGGGGAUGGUGAUGCCGAUGGAGAUAUUUACACGAAAGUGAUUGAUUUCGAAGAAAAAGAGUCAAUACAAAGAUCGGCCGAAGAAGACGCAACGAUUUACUUCGAAUUGUGCCAAAAUAUUCGCAAAUUUCUAUCAAACGCGAUCAAUUUAAAACGUGAAAAUUCCACGGAGUCUAAAUUAAUGCUCCAACAAGGUUUGACCGAUUGCUGCGUAAUGAUAGCGACUUUAAAAAAGUUAAAUCGCCUCGAUAAGUUCCGAACAAUCUCAGCUCGAGAGACUUUAAAUGUGGAGAAGCAAAAAGUUGAUAGCACCAACUUGCAAUAUCACAAUUUAUUGUACGAAUCCGCUCAUCUGGCAUCUGAAUUCACUAAGUGCAAACAAUUUAAGUCGAAAGACGAAAACAUCGAAUUAAUAUCAAUCGAACGCUUCUUGGAGGUUGCCCCUGAAUCGGUGACGUCCCAGUUUAACCAAGAACAAGAAUUAUCCGAUUCGUUAAAACACCAAUUACAUUUAGCAAUGUUAGAGUGGGAAUUAACCCAACGGAAAGCACAAGCUCAACUUUGUAACACAUUAGAGGAUGAGAAAAUGUCCCUUGGUGGAGAUAUCAUUGAAUUAAAGAAUCGAUUAGAUGGAAUUGGGCCAAAACUUACCGCUGUUUUAGAUGCGAGUAAACCAUUACAAGAAUAUUUUGGUUUGCCCCUCGAUAAAAUUCAAGCUGAACAUAAAAUCGCAAGACUUCUCCCAGAACCUUUAUACUUAUUAUACGCGUUAUCAGACGCUUAUAAACAAGUUUAUAACAUUGAUAUGACCGUUGAGGUGCUUGGAGAUGUAGAAGAAGCCAAUCAGUGGAAGGAAACGCAUCAAAAUAUUGAUGGAAAAGUCGAAAUUGACGAUGAACAAGAAGAAACGGAGGUGGAGGAGGUUGUUGAAGUCAUCAAAAAGAGGCGGCAUAGAAAACAGAGUAUGAUUGAUAGAUAUGAGGAGAAGAAAAAAGUUCUUUUGGAAGGACAUCCUUUAUCUGUUCGAAUUACAAUCGUCGUUAAACCUGAAUAUGUUUUAAAAGUUAAAUUUGUGUUUCGACCACAAUUAGGAAUCGUUACGGUUAAUUCGUCAAUGGAUGUUCCAAACGGGGUCACAGCUCACACAGCCAGAGAAGUAUUAAUGGGCGAAUCAAUCUUAAAUGAGUUAUUUGAGAACGAUAUCGGUACAGAAAGUCCAAACACAAGUAAUUCCUAUCAAUUACAAAGAGUCGGAUUGGGUUCUUACGCUGGUUUGGUGCCAAAAUUAGGUUACGUUUAUGAAUGGGCCCAAAAAAUUUGCGGUUACGAUUUUUUAAACGCCGAAAAACCUAUCUCAAAGCCAAACCCAUCGAGCGUUGAAUUAGCUUUAAAAACUCUUUAUAAACGGUUAAAAUCGAGGAUAAUUUUAGCGGAUUAUCUGCAACAAUUGGAAUCGAAUUUGAUUCCGCAAAUACCCGAAGGAAUUGAUCACCCGAAAAACGCCAUUUCUACCUUAACAAAAUGGACCUCGUCGAAUUGGCAAAGUUUUUGUCAGUUGCCUUCCGCGCAAAAUUUAAUCGAAGCGGAGAUUGUCAAAUCGACGGAUUUGUUUUAUAAUUUGGUUAUAACUCGCCCAAAAGCUAGCCUUCAAGCUGUUGUUGUUUUAAAAAAUAAUUAUCCCAUCCAAGCACCUAUAUUUUCGUUAACGGUUAAGUAUUUAGGUGAAUAUCAUAGUGGGAAUUCAACGGAGGUGCGCGAUAUGGAGAGAGCUUUGAAUGUUAUUAAUGAAAAGUGGAAAGGGUUGAGUUGUUUAUUGGUGAUUCAAAUUCGUCAUCUUUGUGCUUAUUUCGACGUUUAUUUGGAGACGAUUUCUGGAAAUUCUGGGUUUCCACAAAGUACUGUGUUUUUUCAGGGAGUUUGUGCAAGGAAUCGAAGAAGACCCUUUAAAUAUAGAAAGAUUGGUUCAGGUUUCUACACUCAAUAUUAACUUUAAAACUUAAUAAAAAACAUAAUUUUAA